UUCCACGACAGGCACAGGAUGUUGGAGUCGCUGCAGAGGACCGGACCAUGUUCUACAGCAGCGAACAUUCCAGCGGCUCCUUUACCUCUCCUCUUGGAUCAAACACAGUCCGGAGGAAGGCUGGGUCCCUUGAGGGUGCAACAAGCGGAGGAUCAUGUGCAGGUCACAGUGGUCAUUUAGUUAAAUCUCAGCCACCACAGACCUUCACUUCCUCCUUCCACACAUCAACGGUUUUCAAUUCAGCACAUUCACAAAUAACUGUCACGGAGGAACCAGACGCACUCUUGCAGAAGCUCUCUGUACUGGUCAAAGGUCAUGACAAAGCUGUCCUCGACAGCUAUGAGUUCUUUGCCACAAUGGCAGCCAAGGAGCUUGGUAUUAAAAUCAACAAAGUAUUUGAACCUCCUAAGGACAUAGAAAGACUAACACUUCUCAAAUCAGUUCACAUCUUCAAAAAGCACCGGGUUCAGUACGAAAUGAGGACCCAUUAUCGAUGCAUUGAACUGCUUCAUCUGACGGGCUCCACUGCAAGGGUGUACCUGGAGUACAUCCAGAGGAACCUGCCUGAAGGUGUGGCCAUGCAGGUGACAAAGACCAGCAUGGAGAAGAUUCCAGAUCACAUUCUCAAGCCCAUAUGGAAGGAAGACAUGGAGGACAAGCCCAGCCAGUGAAAACUAUGUUGCGUGUUGAAUUUCAAAAAUAAACUACAC